UUCCACAGCAAAGCAAAAGUAAGUUUCUGCAGCUUAUCAAUUUGUUGCACUUUGUACCUGCGAUAUUGGAGCGGCUAAUCUUUCGCGUUAAGUUAAGGCAUCGCAUCCGAGCAGAAACUUGAACGUGCAGUCUAAAAUAACUUUGAACGUUGGAGCAGGCGUAACCGGAUUACCACAGAGCGAAAGAAAAUUAACCAGAAAACAUGUCUUCUGCUGGCAAACUGCGUUUCGAUGGCCGUGUGGCGGUGGUGACUGGUGCCGGUGCCGGCCUGGGCCGGGAAUAUGCCCUCCUGUUGGCCUCGCGCGGCGCCAAGGUGGUGGUCAACGACCUGGGCGGCACUCAUUCCGGCGAGGGGGCCUCACAGCGUGCCGCUGAUGUGGUCGUCGAAGAGAUACGCAAGAGCGGCGGUGAGGCGGUGGCCGAUUACAAUUCCGUCAUCGAUGGGGCAAAGGUCAUUGAGACGGCCAUCAAGGCGUACGGCCGCGUGGAUAUACUGAUCAAUAAUGCCGGCAUUCUGCGGGAUCGCAGCCUGCUGAAAACCUCCGAACAGGACUGGAACCUGGUCAACGAUGUGCACCUAAAGGGCAGCUUCAAGUGCACUCAAGCUGCCUUUGGGCACAUGAAGAGCCAAAACUUUGGCCGCAUCAUCAUGACCUCCUCGAACUCGGGCAUCUUUGGUAACUUUGGACAGGGCAACUAUUCGGCUGCCAAAAUGGGACUCGUUGGCCUGGCCAACACAGUGGCCAUUGAGGGCGCACGCAAUAAUAUCUACUGCAAUGUGAUUAUCCCGACUGCAGCCAGCCGCAUGACCGAGGGCAUUCUCCCCGAUAUUCUGUUCAAUGAGCUCAAGCCGCAGCUGAUUGCCCCAGUGGUGGCCUACCUGUGCCACGAAUCCUGCGAGGAUAAUGGCAGCUACAUCGAGAGCGCCGCUGGCUGGGCCACCAAAGUCCAGACAGUCCGUGGCAAGGGAUCUGUGCUGCGACCCUCUCUGGAAGAUCCCGUCACCAUUGAGUAUGUGAAGAAUGUCUGGUCCAAGGUGACGGACAUGUCACAGGCCAAGCAUCUCAACUCGAUGGCCGAGGCCUCGGGCUACCUGUUGGAGGUGCUCGAGAAGCUAAAGGCCGGCGAUCAGGAUGCCGUCGAGGACACUUUCACAUUCGACAACAAGGAGCUCAUCACCUACGCCCUGGGCAUCGGUGCUUCGAUCAAGAACAGCCAGGACUUGCGCUUCCUCUACGAAAAUGAUGCUGAUUUCUCUGCCAUUCCCUCGUUCUUCGUGCUGCCCGGCCUACUGCUGGCCAUGUCCACGGACAGGCUGGUGGGCAGCGCCCUGCCCAACAAUCAGGCCGACUUCACCAACAUUCUGCAUGGCGAACAGUAUCUGGAGAUUGCCGAUGAUCUGCCCACCAGUGGAACUCUGACCACGACCGGCAAGGUGUUUGAUGUCAUGGACAAGGGGUCCGGCGCUGUGGUUGUCACCAAUUGCGAUUCGUUUGACGAGAAUGGCCGCCUGGUGGUGAAGAACCAGAGCUGCGUGUUUGUGGUAGGUGCUGGAAAAUUCGGUGGCAAGAAAAAUCCCAUUGCCGGUGUGGUGCCACUGCUGCCGAAUCCCAGCCGCCAGCCAGACUCCAGCGUUCAGUACUCAACCAGCGAGGAUCAGGCCGUACUCUACCGACUCUCCGGUGACCGCAAUCCCUUGCACAUUGAUCCCCAAAUGGCACGCAUGGCAGGCUUCAAGACGCCCAUUCUGCAUGGCCUAUGCACCCUGGGCUAUUCAGUGCGUGCCGUUCUCAGCCAGUAUGCCGACAACAAUCCGGCACUCUUCAAGGCCAUCAAAGUGCGCUUCUCGGGCCCCGUGCUGCCCGGCCAGACGCUGAAGGUGGACAUGUGGCUGGAGGGCAAACGCGUACACUUCCGCACUGUGGUCGUGGAGACCGGCAAGGAGGUUAUUUCGGGGGCCUACGUCGAUCUGAAGAGCACCAAGGCCAAGUUGUAAGCAGAGCUUAGCUUACAUUUAUUAUUUCCUUCAGUUGUCGCCUUUUUUUGUUAUAUAUCUGUACAUAUGUAUGCACGAACCCCUUCCUUUGGUGGUAGCAAAUAGAAACCAUUAUAUGACCCAAUAAACUAACGACGUUUUUUAA